GCUCAAGAGGAGCAGUAGUUGAUUCACGCUCGUAGCCUGCGAAGCACAGCCUUUCUCCACGCGCGGCAUGUCCAAGAUUUGCGCGGCCUUGCUCCUCAGCUUUGGCGGUCUAGUGCUGUCAAAGAGGGCUAAGGGCGUGGAUGGCGGCAAGUUGGACGUGGGCAAAGAUGACAUCUUGAGCCUCGACGAUGUUGCGCCAAGGAGCAUGGCAGAAGUUGGCGAGAGCCUUGAGGUCAACGCAAGCCGUGCUGAGGAUGUAGAGUGUUUCUGCAUCAACCCCUACAUCUAUGCCGACCUUGACCCCUACAUCUAUCCCAACCUUGACGACGAGGACUACCGCGGAGAGUCGGCGUGGGGGCGAUGCGUCGGAGAUCAUGGUGCGCGCUACGGACCUCACGCCUUUCGCUGCAACGAGAUUUGCGAGGACAAGAGGAAGUUUGUGCACUUUGAAGGCAGCGCUCAGACCUUGUCUUUCUGCGGCAAUGAAAAUGGAGGUUUGACCGAGCCGAUAGAGUGCCAGUGCCUGGACGGACUGGAGACCUUUCAGAACCAGGAGAACAAGAAGAUCGCGCAGAAGCGAUAUCGCAAGGGUACGAUUGACAAUCCGAACACGCUUUGGAUGCUCAAGGUCAAGCACACCUUCAGCAGGCGAGGCAAGGCAAACGGAAAUCUCAAGGAUUGCUAUGUUCAUUGCCCAGAUACUUGUCGAUCGGCUCAGAUGGUCAUAGCUGGCUGCGCCAUGCCGGUGCAUGCCUGAUACUGACACGAUGCGGGUAGUCUCUGGCAACCAACAUCUUUGCGAUGCCCGUGUA